AAACUGAACGUUCCUCCUUGCGAAAUAUCGCACACUCUCUCACACUAAUUAUUAACACUAUAUUCUCUCUCUGUCUCUCUCUCUUAUAUAUAUAGCUGUAUGUAAGAAAAAAAACAUAUGUAAAGGAAGAAUCUCUUAUCUUUUUCUUCUCUCUCUCACACCAUUGAUCCUUUUCAUUUAUCCAGACUUCUUGUCGGUUGUUAGCUAUCCAUUACUCUCCACUCCCUUCUCAUCUCUUCCAUUAUUUCACUUUAGAUCAAUAUGUUUGUCGAAUUCUGAUUUAGGGUUGAAAAUUUACGGGGAUCGAGCAGCUUAUUUGGUGGAUUUCUGCGCCUAAUAACUAUUCGUGCUUUCUAAGGAGGAUCGUUGGUUUCUUCAGAAAUUGCGAUGGCUUCUCUACAAGGCCCAGUUGUUAGCCCUGUAGUCCGUGCAAAGCAAAAUGGACCUUCUUUACCUAUUAAUUCACCCUUACUGAAAGCUAGAUUAAUUAGAAGUGGAUUCUUGGGGCUCGGAGGGCUUGGCUACAGCAGGGGUAAUGCGGGUUACAGGCAGCAUUCGAGGACGUGUAGAACAACUCAGUGUAGUUUCAGUUCAUCAUCAAAUGGGAAUGGUAGCAUGGCUGGGAAUUCGCGUGAGAAUGAUGCUGAUUAUGUGAAUUCAAGUGUGGUUGAAGCUGUUGAGGUGCGAAGUGGCCCAGAUGGUUUCAUGAUCAAGAUGAGAGAUGGUAGGCAGCUGAAAUGUGUCCAUAACAAUCCUCUCGGAGGUCAUCUGCCGGAUUAUGCUCCACAUCCUGCAAUUGUAUUGAAGAUGGAAGACGGGACGGGGCUUCUUCUUCCGAUUAUUGUUUUGGAGAUGCCAAGCGUGCUUCUUAUGGCAGCUGUACGCAAUGUCCAAAUAGCUAGGCCUACCAUGUACCAAGUGGUGAAUGAUAUGAUCGAGAAGAUGGGCUAUACAGUGAAACUUGUUCGUGUUACCAAGAGGGUGCAUGAGGCAUAUUUUGCUGAGCUACACCUUGUUAAGUUGGGUAAUGAAGCAGAAUGCAUGAGCUUUGACUUACGGCCGUCCGAUGCCAUUAACAUUGCAGUGAGAUGCAAGGUGCCAAUACAAGUAAACAAGUUUCUGGCAUAUAGUGAUGGCAUGAGGGUUGUUGAGUCUGCAAAGGUGAUGGUGCAGAGUCCCUCUUCGGAUGGCCCUUUGUUUACUGAACUGGACAGACCCACUGGCCAAGCAUGCAUGGAAACAAAGGAGUUCAAUUUGGUGCGAAACAUGCUGAUUGCUGCAGUUGAGGAACGUUAUAGAGAUGCAGCUUUAUGGAGGGACAAGCUCACACGGCUUCGUUCCAAAAGGAAUUGGACAUAACAUCUGAGUUGUGAUGCAUUAAGGUUUCAGGUGCAGCAUGGGGAUGCCUUUGUACAUAAGAAUCGGUAUCACUCAUUUUUAGUAAAUAAUCUGUAAUUCCCCCUUAAAAUGGCCGCCGUGCUAAAAGCUUGUGUAUACAUGUAUAGAUGAACUAUUUGUAUGUAAUGCUGAAUCUUGCACCAGAUCUUGUGUUCAAUGAAUGCUGAUAUGACUUUAGUUUUGAGAUUCGAAUUAAAAAUCACAACCUUUUACUUUACAAA